UUCAUUGGCCAGAUCGUGAAAGGGGGCCAGAAUCGCGAUUCAGUACUGCGAUAGAAUCCGUUUGUGUCUGGCCAGCCAGUGAGCACAGCCAUCGUGAAGGAAAGAGGCGGUCAGUCGGUUUAGUACGAGCCAACACCCAGCGAAAGAAGAAGAUCGAUUGAGCUGUGAAGUGAUUGCGUGGAGUGACGACCCCCCUCGGAGCUUGAUUCGGGAUCGUAUCCUUCUGUUAUCUGAUAACACGCGAACGACACAACAACCUUAGCCAAAAUGUUUAAGAAUCACCUUGCGAUGAUUGGCAUGAACGAAACGCCAAACAAGAAAGCCAGAUUCUGGCAGUCAUACAUCAGAUCACUAAAAGGAUCCGAUGACAUCCGUGCACAUGACGGACCAACCUGGCGGAACCGACCGAUCCUGCUGCUGAACGAACUGGAUACCCCGGCCGGCCGCGUCCAGUCGCCCGGAUACCAUUACUCGCCCGUGCACCGGGAGACGUACGGCUACUCACCCCGACCGAUCUACGACCACCAGUAUCCACGCCACCGCCGGGCAGCCAGCGUAGGCAGAUUGGCCGAUUCCGAGAGAGCCUGGGCCGACCAUCUGGAACGGAUGAGAGAUAUCGACCGCAGCGUUUAUAACGUACUGAAGAAACUACUCGAACGAUACCCAUCACGUUACGGACUGUACCUGCGGGACAAGCCAAGCCAGGUUGUGCUGCCACAGGAGCUGGAGUACGAACCGGACACAAAGCCAAUCUUCUCACUGCAUUAGGACUUUCGUUCAAACACACAAAAAUAAAUACUAAUGAGCCCCAGUGUAGAGACAGUUAGCCAACCAGGUAAUAAUACUAUUGAUAGAGAACAAAUAUUAUAAACAUCGAUAAUCGCAAACUGAUGCAGAACCCAAACAAAAAACAGGAACUCUUCCGAUAGUGAACGAAAAUGUUUAUUAUUUCUAAUUAAAAUAUCUAAUAUUAAGAGAGAAAGAAGUGUAACAUAUUUCUAUAAACGUGAAAACAGAAGGAGAAUUUUCUAUUAACCCGCUUAUUCAACGUUCAGUCUGAAAUGAACAUAAAUGCGCAAAAAAAUCGAAAACAAUAUGAGUGACAGGGUAUUGUAAAGAAAAAAUCCGUCGAUCAAGUUAGAUCGACAAACAAAAAAAGUGACAAUCAUUCGAUGUAUUUCAACACAAUCACAAUGUAUUAUUUUUCCCAAUCAUACACAAAAAACAUGUCGACGAAUGAAGCGUAACCCUUCCCGAAUUGAAAUAGGUACCGGGACGACAUGCUAGCGCUUUUCCAUCACGUUUUGAUGGCGAUUCCAAUGGUGUCAGGCGUUCCUAUCUAGCUGGCUUAUUAUGCGGGAAAAACGACCGAUGAAAAACCAGCUCCAUCGGCAUCUGGAAAACAACAACUGGGUAGUCCUACACAACAUAAAAAGCAAUCAAGUCCUGCAGGCAUAUUUAUCUGAAAUACGCAACGGCGAACGCGCGCGCGUCAUUGUUGCGAUGGAGCCACAUCGCUUGCUUUUCUCGCAAAAUUAUUCGUUGGAAAAUAAAUAGCCGCGAACCCAUGUCCCCACAUACCCGGUAAAUAUUAUUGUAUUUAUCGAACGAUGUGCCGUGCCUGUUCCGAUGAGAUACGGUCGGGUACACUCGAACCUACAGGAAAUUAAAUGACCCUCGGUGGAACAAACAGAUCAAAGCUGAAUGGAAAUAAAGUAAAGAAGUGCUCUUAUUUCGAGUGUUGAAAA